GCUCCAAAGCCAAGCUUCAACUCCAUCAGAAAGAGCCUCACACAUCUCCUUCAUCGCCGCCCAUCAUGAAGUACUCCACAGUUCUCCUUGCCGCCGCUGGCCUUGCCGCCGCCGCUCCCUCAAACGUCUCCCCCAAGUAUGGCCGCCGCAACGGCGCUCACUCUCUUCCCAACCAGAGGAACACAAAGUACCCCCAGUACUCUUCCAACUGGGCCGGUGCCGUCCAGAUCGGCAAGGGCUUCAACAAGGUCACCGGCACCAUCACAGUCCCCCGUGCCUCGGGUGGUUCCAACGCCGCGGCCUCUGCAUGGGUGGGAAUUGACGGAGACACAUGCCAAAGUGCCAUUCUCCAGACUGGUGUCUCCUUCUACGGCGACGGCAGCUUCGAUGCUUGGUACGAGUGGAUUCCCGACUACUCCUACAGCUUCUCCGGCUUCUCCCUCAAGGUCGGCGACGAGAUCCGCAUGACUGUCGAUGCCUCGUCCAAGACCACCGGCGUUGCCACCCUUGAGAACCUGACGACCGGAAAGUCCGUUUCCCACACCUUCACCAACACGCCCUCGACCCUUUGCGAGACCAAUGCCGAGUGGAUCGUCGAGGACUUUGAGGAGGGCAGCCAGCUCGUUCCCUUUGCCAACUUUGGCAAGGUCACCUUCUCCAACGCCACUGCUUCUGGCUCCUCUGGCACCAUCACCCCCAGCGGCUCCACCAUCAUUGAUAUCGAGAGCUCUUCGGGCAAGGUCCUGACUGACUGCUCCGCCAGCAGCAGCGGCGUUACCUGCAGCUACACCGGUUAAGAGGAUCCAUUGAACGGUAAAGCUACAACGACAAAAAAAAAACAAGGAUAGGUUGGGAAGAGACGCAAAAGGCGAGAGAUUUCUUGUUUUUGCAGAAUGGAGGAACUCUGGAACUGUUAGGGUGCAUGCGCUAGUUGAAAGACAAGAGCAUGCGUUGCUCUUUUGAGUAUAUAUUUUCCUCUAUAGUCAAUAUAUUGGAUCCCAGCUUUAUAUAACUCUGUCAUGUGAUAUACUUAUACGUCAAAUGCAAAAGAUAUAC